CGAGUGUCGAGCUCGGUACUGAACUACACUGAAGACGUCGGAGAGUCCGGAAGCGAUGGGACCGCCGCGGAGCAUGAUCAGCUGCAGGACAUUGUUCCUGGUAGCUCUGGUGGGUUUGACAGUUAUUCACAGCACGGCUGCGGUCGAGGCGGAGUCCGGAAUCGAGCAAUUGACAGGACGAAAGGUGUUGGCAUACAGUUACACGUCCCCGCCUCCUCCCUAUGUCCAGAGUUCUCCACCACCGCCGAAGAAAUCGUCUCCCCCUCCUUACAUUUACAGCUCCCCGCCACCCCCGAAGAAAUCCCCGCCUCCUCCAUACUACUACAGCUCUCCUCCUCCCCCGAAGAAAUCUCCACCUCCUCCAUACGUCUACAGCUCCCCACCACCACCGAAGAAAUCUCCACCUCCUCCAUACGUCUACAGCUCCCCACCACCACCGAAGAAGUCUCCACCUCCUCCAUAUUACUACAGCUCUCCUCCUCCCCCGAAGAAAUCCCCACCUCCUCCAUAUUACUACAGCUCUCCUCCUCCCCCGAAGAAAUCCCCACCUCCUCCAUACGUUUACAGCUCCCCACCACCACCGAAGAAAUCCCCGCCUCCUCCAUAUUACUACAGCUCUCCUCCUCCCCCGAAGAAAUCCCCGCCACCUCCAUAUUACUACAGCUCUCCUCCUCCCCCGAAGAAGUCUCCACCUCCUCCAUACGUUUACAGCUCCCCACCACCACCGAAGAAAUCCCCGCCUCCUCCAUAUUACUACAGCUCUCCUCCUCCCCCGAAGAAGUCUCCACCUCCUCCAUAUGUCUACACCUCUCCACCACCACCUAAGAAAUCCCCACCAUAUGCCUACACCUCUCCACCUCCUCCCAAGUACUAGGGAGCCUCGGUCGUUUCAGGAAUGUGAACAGGCUCGCUCUACUAGCAAGAAGCGCUCUGACGCAUACUGGAACGAACAAUGCCUCAUGACUCGACUCGGUGAUAUGUGAUCCCUGCAGUUGUGGACGAAUUGCCGUGUUGUUGACGUCGCAUUUCAGCAUUAUCCGUGUCUUGGACUUGCAGAAUUCAUAAACCGGGUGUGGAGAUUUCGUGCAUUUGAUCAGGACUUGUCAAUUAACCAUCUUUCGGAGGAUGAGUUUUAAUCAAAUUAGCAGCUAACUCAGUGAGGUUUGCAGCUAAACCCACGGAAUCUUGAUCAACAUACAUAGAUGGAGUUUACGAUCCAACUAGUACAACAGUCGUAACCUUCGACAUAUCCGAUAUGUAGCUUCAGGAUGCGUGCGCUCAUAUAGUUAAAAUAAUCCCCCGAGAGGAAAGGGCUUCAUGUGCUGGUCUAGAAUACCAUGUCCACAGCCAGCGAGACUAUCUAGAUCUAUUAGCAGUUGUAGCCACUCCACACUUGUACACGAGGAUGAAGUUCAAUAUUAUGGGUCAACAUUCCUGG